AUGGGGUUAGCAUCGAGGAGUUGCGUUAACGCGGAGUGUGGAGCGACGGCGGCGGGGGAGUGGGGGAAAGGAUGGGCGCUGAGAUCGGGUGGAUUCGCUAACCUUUGCGGCAACUGCGGGUAAUAUGGGGGAAUUGCCAAGUCAAUUGUACAUGCUACAUCUGGUCGGUUUCCGAGUUUCCCGUGCGAGCAGUAUCUUCGCGUAUUUCUCUCCGUUUUCUCGGUGGGCAAAUUCCCUGGUGGUUUUCUUUAGCUCGUGAUCCCGCUUUUUUUUUUCCACCCUUCAUCUGUGGCCGCUCAUUUGUAGCGGACGACGGACAUUACUCGUCUUAAGAUAUUUUCCCGAUGCCAUUACGGCUUUCAAGGCUAUUUUCACGGUGGCUUGAUUAGAUUUUUUUUUUCUGGAGCAUGGAUUUUCCCCUUCCGGUAUUAUAAUUUUUGGCCAUUAAAGUACAUUUCACUCGUUCCUCUUUCGCUUUUCUAUACCUGGGCAUAUGCCAUGGUACAUUUCCAUGCCAUGUCGUUCAUCUUACAUUUUGGGAAAGUUCAUAUUCGCGAGGAGUCCUUCGUUGAGGACAUAUUUUAUGUUUUUAGUUUCUGAUCGGGCUUCUUGUCCCCAGGGGUUUGAAGUUUUCUGCGAUACAUGUUAUUAGAUCUUCUGCCAUUAGGUUAAUGACAUCUGGUGUACGCACGGCUUUAUGCUUACAUGAAUCAGUUCGACAUGAUGCCUUCGUCCACAAGCUGGAUUAGAAUUUUGUGAAGAAAAUUUGGUGUUAAUUAUACUUUCAGAGUUGUAUCAACUUUUACGGAUUUCUAGCAAAUGCUGAAUUCAUUUAGGCAUAGUUUAGGAGAAACGAGGAAGAUCAAGUGUCUCCUAUGUCAAAAUCCUCCUGGGUGGGCUUCUAUUUUGCAAAAAAGAGUCAUCUGUUGAAAGACCGACCCUCAACAGGAAUGACCUUUUGGUGCUUUGUCGUAAUGGCACUACAAAGCAUUAAUGAACUUUUAAGUGAUUCUCUGGUUGUGAGGAAUGGAUGCAUGUUCAUUGAUAAAGAAUUUCCUUUCCACUAUUUUUUCAUGGCUCAUUUGUGCCGCUGCAUAAUACAGUGGAGUCCGUGAUUGGGCAGAAAUGUGAGAAAAUAAUAAAAAUAACGAACAUAUGCAAUCUUAAAAUGAAGUAGCUUUGCGAAAUACUUUGAAAAAUUCAUCUGGCAAAAGAUAAAGAGAGAUCCUUGUGAAUAAAACCACGCUGAUGAUUAAGCUAUAACUAUAUUUAUACUCUUCCCUCUCGAGCAAUAAGUUUUCUCUCGUCAAAAUUUAUUCUAUGAAUGGGGUUGCCUGCCUUGGGAACGGUAUGCACAAUCACAGACAUUUGAACUUUUUUUCUGACCUGUUGUCAGCCCCCCAUCUGCCUCCAUUUGUUAAGCCGAGUAAGCAUCUGUUGGAGCAGUCUCUCUAUCAUCAGCUCUUGACCUUAAGUUUUCUUUUUAUUCCAUUUCUUCCCACAUUUCUGAUUGAUUAAGGAUUUAUGUUUUCAACCAACUGUAUUCUAGACUCCAAAGAGUGGUAUUACCAUUAGAGAUACAGGAUAAUUCAAUAUGUAUGUAUUGAAAAUAUAAAUAUUCUUCUGAAGAAAGGUUUAAAAAACAUCUGCAUAUCACUAGAAGUUGCAUAAACACGCAAACUAGUAGUUGCAUAAUGAUGCGCGCUAUCAUGAACCUGUAACUCUUUUCUUGAGGUGUAUUGCCCUUGAUGUUCUUGGAAAGGCCAUUAUUAGAUUGGGCCAUGGUAAUAAUAUGAUAGGUAAUUUUUUUUAGUAUUUUUUAUUAAGAGAAAUUGUUUCCAACUGGUUCAGGCAUUGAUUCGUAUUUAUACGUCUUAUAACUAAAUACAGCGUUCCUAACCCCUACCCAUAAAUUUGUCUUCAAUAAUCAUCAGACACUACUCUCAGCUUGGUUUGUUAAUUGAUGGUGAUGUUUGAGGUAUUUUAGGUAAUUCCAGUUUCUAAGACCUUAACACUGGGCUUUAAUGUGGGAAUGUUAUCGAAAAUGAAUAAAAUAUCACGAAGUUAAAAGAGAAAUGGAUAAAUUUACGUGAUACAGUUAUUUCCGUGUUUAUAGUUGGUGAAUGAAGUGUCAGAUUAAUUUUCAAAUCUUUUAGUGAGGUCUAAAUUUUCAGUGGCCUGUUUUGCCAUUAUGCUGCAAUAAAUGUGGCACUAGAUUAUAAAUAUGAGCCUUGUACUUAAGCUCUGUGUUUAUUUUUAACUACAAUAACAAAUAAAUGUGUAUUCAGGCUCUCUUCGUCUUUUUCUUUCUCAUUAUCAUCAAAAUUGGCUGAAUAAAGCAUCUCCUUUUGUUUUUGCAUCAUCAAAAAACUAAGUAGAUUCCAUGUUGGCGAGCUGCUUAUUGGAUUAUUCUAUUGACAUGUAAUUUGGUAAAUGAUAGGAUGGCAUAUGAAAAAUUCAUUUUCUGUGACUUGUUUCAUGGUAAGGAAUCUGGUUGGAGGGAAUGCAGUUCUUGUGGCAAGGUAAUCUGAUUGUUACAUAUUUCCGUGCAUCAUAUUUUUUUUGUCUAUUUAAUACAGAUUAAAAUGAUUAAUCUGCAGCGUCUUCAUUGUGGGUGUGUCGCCUCAAGAUCUCUUAUUGUGCUACUUGACAACGGGGGAGUACAGUGCGUUAAUUGUGCAAAAAAUUCAGAUCUUAAUUCAGUAAGAUUUUCAUGCAUGUAGCCAGAUACUCUCAUUCAAUGUACGCUUAUAGCAUAAUAAUCUGUGUUCCCAAUGGUUCCGUUGAGAAAUUUAAAGAGUAAACUCGAUCAAAAUUAUUGAACUCAUCCAGAAAAGUAAAUAAAUGAUAAAAUAAUUUUGAAUACGUUUUUUAUGAUCAUUCGGUAUUGUUUUUCUUUUUGAAGAGAAUCUUGAUUAGCUGAACUCUUUGUAUACAAUGAUGCCUCUAUUCCUUAUUUUUUAAAGAGCUACCAUAAAAAACUUCGCUGCCCUGUGCUGAAGUUAUUAUUUGUUUUGACAAGUUUCUCCUUGUUCGUAUUUGAACGCAUUUGAUCAUUCUUUGAUCCGCAAAAGCUAUAAUGGGUGACGUAAUUUUUCUAGAAAUUUUGUAUAACAAGUCGGAAUCGAUUUAAAGGAAAAGGGGCCGGUGAAAGUUUGAGCGGAUGAUCCAUUACAAAUGAUUUUCAAGGUUGACUCUAUUUAAAACAGAUAAAACAAUACCCAUGAAGUUUACUUCCUCUGGUAAAUUGAUUUGGUCUGCAUUUCAAUGGAAAUCAAGAAUUUUGCCCAUUUUUUAUGAUAAAUAAUGCAAAAGUCCAUGGGAUAAAUGUGAAAAAUGGAGCAUUCAGAUUAUCCAUUAUUUAAUUCCGAAUAGUGAAAUUAUUGGUCUAAAUUUGAUCUAAAAUUUAAUGGAUGAAAGACAUUUAUUGUCUUGUUUGUCAUGUAAACUUUUUGGCGCCACUCCUCUUUUCUCUGUGGCUGAUGUACGUGACAAAAGUUGGAAUAAUUUCUUCAUACUGUUAUUGUGGAUUAAAUAUUUGGAGUUAAAACCUAUCUAGUCUUUCCCAAUGCCUACAUCCCUUUUUGAGACACCUUUUUCUACAUUUUAUAACAACUUUAUGCUAAAUGUGUAUUGUGUUAUGCUAACUCCUUAACUGAUCUGCUAUAAGCACGGAUUCAUGUGCUAGCAGUGAUGCAUGUAUACUCUGUGUUUAUUUAGUCUAAACAUAUUUUUUCCGCAAAGUAAAUAAUAUUUAAUAAUAGUUGUCAACUACUUUUGGUAUUGCCUUCUUCUUAUUAUUGGUGAUUUUAGUGAUCACUUCUGUUUUUUGUUACAACCUUUUCAACUGGACACGAUUUUUGUUAUUGAGUGCAGUAAUGGGAGUAAUGCAACUAAAAGGGGAUGAGUAAUAUCGACCUUUGCAAUAAGUUUCUCAAACCUGUUUAGGAAUGCUAAAAAAUGAAUCAGUUCCCGAAGAAGGUUUGCCAAAUCUUGAAAAGAAUUUCAUCACAUUGGAAGAGAUUGAGCUUCAACUUGCAGUUGAGAGGAGACUUCAAUACGGGAGGCUUUAGGGCUUGAGUGUUGUUACAUUUCUUACGGCAGAAUGGCUCAUAUGCAACCCAUAAAGGUUGGGCGUUGUGGUUAAGAAAUGUUUAUUGCAGCUCCAAAAGGAGUUUAACAAAAACAGUUAAGAAAUGUCUGCGUUUGUGCCAACAAACUUUUUCUUCUUUUCAAUUUGUUGGUACGUGAAUGACUGUGUGUUUCUGUUCCUAUCUUUGGCAGAAGAUGUUGAAAAGUAAGCUAGCACUUUCUUCAAACGUUUAUCACUACGUACAAGCAUUCUAUCACUGUAUUACAUAUUUAACAAGAGAGUUAUAUUCAAACUUGAUAGUUAUAGAAGUUAAUCAAAUAUACUUUGCUACAUCAAAAUCCUCUCUGGAGAGUUGACGUUGCAUAUAUCUCAAAUUUUGUUACACCAUCAUGCACUUACAUUGCCUUGACAACUAGUCAUCUUCCUGUAGUCUUUGGGAUCUAUCUUCCCAUCAUUCGGUCAUGUUAAUGCCUAUAGUUUUUAUUGACAUACUUGCUUCUAGUAUUUGAUAUUUUUUUUAAUUGUCUGGUUAUAUGGAUCCAGGUCCAGGGUGAGUUCUUCCAGGAUUCAUUGCUGCAGCUUCCUGACAAAGGCCUGGCCCUAUGUGGAAGAGCCUCAAGAGAUGAUAAGUCAAAUGGUUUUGUUGCAUCAACUCCAGGUAACUCCUUUGAUCAUUAUUUGCGUUUAUUUUCUUCAAUUACACUGAUAAUGAGUUUAUAGACUCUGUAUGAUUCAUGCAGGGAGAAGUAUUGAUUGUAAAGGGCAGAGCAGUAUGCUUCUUGUUCACAGAGAUAAUCUAAAUGGAUCUUAUAAGCACAUAAAACGAGAAGAAGUCAUGCUUUCUGUUGGUGACUUAGGAAUAACAAGCUUCCCAGAUAUAAACCAAGUAGGCAAUUCUUCUUCACAGACUUGGAGAAGAGAUGACAGAAAAUAUGUUGUGACAGACAAAAGAAGUUUCAAUCCAACGAACCCUGGCUGCUUGGGUAUCAGUUUAGGGACAUCUUCAAACCCAGCUCACAUGGCAGAUGCCUGUGAUUACGGAGGAAAUUCACAUCUUUCUCUUCCUAUGUCCAACUUGGGAGCUGAAGGAAGAGAACAGACUAGAUCUCAGUCUGCAUUGCAACAAGUGCAGAAAGGUCAACAAGUUCAUCCUAAGCCCCUGAAGUCAAGUCUUCUAUUUGGUUCGGAAACAUCAAAGGAGUCUAUCUCAAAUAUGCGUGUUGCAAGGCCACCUGGUGAAGGAAGAGGCCGAAAUCAUUUGCUUCCUCGUUAUUGGCCAAGAAUCACUGAUCAAGAGCUAAAACAAAUAUCUGGAGGGUAUCCAAAUCAAUUAAAUCUUGCUUAUUUGGAUCUUUUAUGUUUCGAUUUCACAUUGUUAAUUUCUCUAAAUCUUAUUAGCCUCAUGAAUUAAUAGGACGUGAUUCCUUAAUCAUGCUAACUUAAAGCUCAAACUCGACUAUUGUGCCAUUGUUUGAGAAGGUUUUAAGCGCCAGCGAUGCAGGUCGUAUUGGUCGUUUGGUUCUUCCUAAAGCUUGUGCGGAGGUAUGGACCCUACUAGAUGAGUGAUCUUAUUGUGUUUUUUUUUCCCUUCUCAUCCACAGUGCUUGAUGUUGACCUGGGAUUUUAAUUCUAAUGACCCACUCUUUCACCUGAAACUCUUUCCAUUGAAGGCUUUGCUAUUUCUUCUGGACAUUAUGCAGGCAUAUUUUCCUCCAAUAUCGCAACCAGAAGGCCUUCCUUUAAGGAUUCAGGAUUCAAAAGGAAAAGAUUGGAUUUUCCAGUUCAGAUUUUGGCCAAAUAACAACAGCAGAAUGUAUGUCUUGGAAGGCGUAACUCCAUGCAUACAGUCAAUGCAAUUACAAGCUGGUGACACAGGUAUUCCAUGGAUGACAAGCGUAUUUAUUAAUUAUACGCUUCUUCAUUUUAUUAUUGUGUACUAAAAAUGAAUUAGUUGUCUUAUGGGAAGUUUCUGUGGUGACUUUGAGGUGAAUUUUUUGUGUUCAUCGACCUUAGAAAUAUCCAUGGGGUGUAAAAGGGUUAAGGAAUUUUAAGAAUACCUGAAGGCCAGUUAUUGUUAAUUGUUUCUCAAAACUAACAGAAAAUUGCCACAAAAUAUCUGUCACCUUUUGCGGCGACAUUACAAUAGCACAGCUGAAGUGUGAUUAUAUAAUUUUGUAAUUCCCGAAGAAAAAGUGAUGUGGUCAUUCCAUUUUAAAUGGAAUACACGUAAAUGGAUAUUAUUCUGUUUUCACGUUUCCUUAUUAAAGGUAGAUUGCUGUAAUCUUGUAGCCAUGGCUGGCUAUCUGAUUGGUUUUCCGUUUAUUACGUUGAUAGAAGUAAACAAAGAGACUUUAUGCCAUACUUUUUCAUGAUCUGGAGUCUGGGUGAAGUUUUUGAGGUUGUUGCCAGCAUUGAUCCGAUGAUGAUCUAGACGGGGAUGACUAGCAAAGUCCGGCAAUAAAGUUGCGCUUGAAUAUUCAUUGGAAACAGCAAUAAGGAUGGUAAUGUCCAACGGCCUGUCCCUGUUAAAAUCACAAAGAAACAAGCAUCAGCGAUUUUAUAUUGGAACCUUACUCCGACUUGGGAUCGUUUGUUAGUUUGUGGCUAGAGUACAAACUGUGUGACAGCAUGCUUUUGCUGCAAGAGGUCUAAGUUAGGGCAAAAUAUAUCAUAUCAAGAUGUCAAGUCAUUAUCCUGAGCUUUGUCCUGUCAAGGUUAUUUGCGGAAGGUGUUCCUCCUAAUUCUCAGCAAUUUUAAUUGUCUUUCUAUUUAAAUUCUUUUAAUUCGUCAACCAUAAACACAUAACAAGAUAAAAUUUGCAUGAGACAAUGUGCCAGAUUCUGGCUCAUAAAAGUUUUUCAUUGAAGUCAUAAAAUUGUUGACUUAUAAUUGCUGCGACUUACAUUGGCUGAAAAAUGAUUGGAUGGUCAAAUUUAGACUGAAACACUGAAUCGUAAAUUUCAUCACAUCAGGUCAUGAAUAAUAUCUCUAUUAAUCUGUAUUUGAUUUUUGCGACAAAUCCUUAGUGGUGGUGAAGGCCAUGUUUUACAAUGUUAUAGAUAUGAAGUAUUGUGUAUGCAUUGAUUCAUAUGUUCAGUUACCUUGUAUGAUGUCAACCUGUCACUAUACUUUAUUUAUUCACAUUGGUUAUUUAUCAAAUCAAUCUUGAUCUUUACACCCUAAGGCUUUGUUAUCCUGAAUAGAUUAAGCUUUCUAUAUGUACUUCUGAUGGCUGGUAAACUUAAUUGACAUUAACUAUGAUAUUAGCUUGUCUGUGUUGGACAUUUCUAGGCGUCGUGUGACAUGUUCUUAAUAUUUGACGAUUUAUAUGCAGUUUUGUGAAAAAAAAAUGCAUAUGGCCAUCUCUACAGUUUUUGGCCAUCCAGCGUAUUAUAACUUGAAAUCUUGAUAAGAUGCUAAGAAUUUUUUGUAUUAUAAUGUCUUUGUCGUGAACUUGUGAUUUGUGCUGUCUGGUCCAUUUUCAUGUACUUUGGGCUUUUGUUUCAGUGACUUUUAGCCGCAUAGAUCCAGAAGGAAAACUUGUAAUGGGAUUUCGGAAGGCCAUAAACUCCGUUCCUUUACAGGUAGGAUGAAUUUCUUCAGAAGUCAUUGUGAAUGAGUGCAUGAAGUGUUCUCUAAUGAGGUCAUUUUUUAUGAACCACAUUAGAUUAAUACCACCCGCCGUCCUUUUCUGUGCCAUCUCUCCAUUUGAUCUCUGAGCUGAACAUUUUAAGUAACUGAUUUCCUUACUCAAGCAGGAUUCACAAAUUUCAGCCAUCGCUAAUGGCAAUGAAAGUUUCCUUUCGGGAGUUAUCGAGAGCCUACCAAUUGUAAGUUGUUACUCUGGCCUUCUUCAAUCACUGGAGGCGACCGCAUGUCCCCAAUCAAGUGGGUUGCCUGCGCAUCGAAUUCUGGCAGAUGGGGUUAGUAUCUGCCUUGUUUCAGAUAACCUUGCAAGCAGGCUAAUUCAGGGAUUACCGUUGCAGCCACUGCUAGUACCCGAGAAGAAAAGAAGCCGCAAUAUCAGUUCCAAGAGCAAGAGAUUGCAUAUUGACAGUGAAGAUGCUCUUGAAUUGAAGCUUACGUGGGAAGACGCACAGGAUUUACUGCGUGCACCUCCUAAUGCUAUACCCAGUAUUGUUGUGAUUGAGGAUCACGAAUUUGAAGAAUACGAAGUAAGUACGACAUCUGGAUACCGUUAGAGAAGGUUUCCUUUCUUUUUGUAAGUUGUGAUUUUGAUUAUUUACUGUUAUUCUGUUUGUUUCAUACUUAGUAAAUAAAUUUAGAAAGCAAGAAAAACAAAGGAUAAACGAAUGCCUCUCUUCAUUUUUCCUUUUGAUUCCUUAUUAAACUUGCAACUCCAUCAGUUUUCCACUCAAAUAUGGCAGUCUCCAACAUAGAUGGUGAGCUGAGACAGGCAACGGCAUGCUUAAUGGCUCAGUCUGAUUCACCUCAAGAAGGGUAAAAUGGAAACUCCCCACUGCUGUUGCUGCCUCUUGGAGACUCUUGGCUGCAACUGCCUUCCUCCCCACUCAUUGUGUGGUACGGAAAAAACUGUUGGGAGAUGACCGUUGGAGUUUGAAUGAAACUAUGAUUGUUGGAAUGGAUUAGCUGAAUUGGGUAAGGUUUGGUCCAUGGGUCUAGGCUUGGGCUGAUUGAUCAAGAUUCCAAUGUACGUUUUUAGCUUUGGCUGCCUUUGAUGUUUUCUGUGAGAGUCACGAUAAGGAAUGGGAUCUGGAUUUGUGCAGUAACCAUCUUUCCACCAAAAAUCUAAAAUUAUGAUCCCUUGCAUUUUUCCAGUAAUUACAACAAAAACCCUGCUCUACGUUUGCCAGGCUUCAAUAAAUCUGCUCUCAAGCUCUGGAAAAACGGGCAAACUUUGGGUCUAGAAUCUAUUGCAGAAUUCGUACAACAAGGAUCUAGUUCUGUAAUUGUCCAGGUCUGUUCUAUUAGACCUGUCUUUCAAAAGAUCACAGAUGUGUAGGUGCUUUUGUUUUAAUGUUAAGCUUUCGGGAGUCAGUUUGGGUUGAAGGCUCAGGCGCGUUUUGGCUACUUUAAAUUUCACAGAGCUUAUAACUCUGCUGGUCAAUGGCUCAGACCUUAGAAAAAUAAUUCUCAGUCUGAUGAGCGGUGAUAAAACCUGGUUCGUAUUUUUUUUGGUUGUGGUUGCUCAAGUAGCGCCAUUAUGUAUAGAAGAACGCAGGAUCCAAAAAAUAGAUUAGCAAUAAGGCAAAACCUAAUAAAAACAGCAAAAGAAUAUGUUAUCAUCUAACGGGUAGGUGGAUAAUAGAAUAAAUUUUUUAUCCUAUCAUUGAUUGUGUUCAGCAGGUCUGUUGAUGCUUUUCUCCUACUUCUAUUACUCCCAAUAUCCUGGAAAUGCAUGCCUAAAGGUGUCAUGUGUGCACGUGAACUUUCUUGACAAUUUAACUUCUUGCAGAUGCGUGCAAAAAUCAUUCUCUGGAUUGAUUGCGUUUGAAAAUGGGAACCACUUAUGUACCUUAAAUAGUGGUUCUAAGUUCAUUUCUUAUGCAGUAUCUAUUAGUUUACAUCACAAUAUGGAAUGGAUGUUGGCGGCUGAUUCAUAUAUGUAUUGAUGCACAGGAACCUCCAGUUUUAGGGAAGAAGACAAUUUUCACCAUACGGGCAUCUGGGUAUGCUUCUAUAUCACGUUGAAGGUCAUUGGGUGCAUCAACAUUUAUAUGGGCAAAUCAUAGUGCCAAGCCACAUGUGGUCAAUUAAUUUCCUUCAUAGUAUGUUUGACGUUAUCCAAACUUGCGUCUCUCUGUUCGCAUGUAUUCGUAUACGUAGGUAAACUGGAUAGCUGCAAUUUUUUUCCUACAUUACGAAUUAGUCUCGGAUAGGAUCUAGUAACGUUUGUCCUUGUUGGGAUUGGAGUGGUGGAUGGUAGAUUGAGGUCCGAGCUCAACUAUGAAUCAACCUGUAAUUGUUGUGCGCGAAGAUCUUUUGUAUGACAGCACAAACAAAAUCUUCUGCAUAUUUAUCUAAUUUUGGAUAACACUGAUGAUGGUUUUUCAGAGGCAAUGAUCAAUGGGUUCAAUGUGACCAUUGCCACAAAUGGCGCAGACUACCUGCAGAUGCUAUUGUUCUCUCAAAGUGGGUAUGCACAGAUAACGCAUGGGACCCCAAAAGGUUAGUCCUAUUGACGUACCAUAAAGCUGUUAACCUAGUUUUAGUGUUCUUUUUAUGAAAACGGCAUAUUCAUUCAAUAUUUACUCUAUGAAAAAUCUGAUUAAAAGAGCUGAUGUUGAUAGCUGAGAACAUUUUUAAUGAAAAAUACUUGACUUGAUUCCCUAUCGGUUUAAGGAAAUAGGUUUGAUUAUAUUAUGGUCAGAGCAACCUCUUGAACUAAGAAAAAGGGUAGAAGAAAGACUCAUUGUUGAUGAUUUGAUUAUACAAUAUUUGGAGAUAAUAGAUGAGUCAGAUCUAUGAAGAUUCACUAAAAACUUUGGUCGAUUAGUCCGCAAUCUGAGUGUCAGUCCAUGUCAGACGCUCUCAGCCAACACCUUUCUCGUGUUUCAUAACUUUUUAGAACUUUAAUCACCUCAUGUUAGAUGUUCUAACUUAACGGCACGAGGGGUUGCACAGCAAAUGAUUUUUUUAUUCGUAGCAUCACUUAGAAGCCCAUUCUGUGUUAUAUAUUGCAUUUUGAUGAAAUAUUAUCUGGAGGAAAUAUUGGUGUGUUCAAGGGGAGGGUAUAUAUAUAUAUGUAGAGAGAGAGAGAGAGAGAGAGAGAGAGAGAGAGAGGGAGCCUUCUGAAAUCGCCUCGUUCCCCGGUUAGAAAAGGUCCAGAUUCACCUGGCCCAUUAAAAGGUUCGGUUUUUCGCCAUUUCUUGAUAAAUAUUUUAUCUGGCGAUAAUCACUGCUAUUUUAUGUGAAUAUUUAAUCAAUAAUAAUUCGCGUGGUGACUAUCAACGAGCUGACCAUGCUCUCUGUCUCUGUCUCUGUCUCUGUCUCUCUCUACAUUGCAGAUCGUCCUGCUCUGCUCCUGAUGAGAUGGGCGAAAAGGAAAUCCAAAAUCUUCUUCAGCUGAAUGCAGGUAUGAAUACUUGUUCUCAGAGUCUGUUUUAGUACCCUUUCCAAGAUUGAUUUGAAAGCUGGGCCCCGACAUGAAUAAACACCAUCUCAUCACGAAUAAUCAUCCCUACGCUAUUUCCUGAAUAUCUCAUUACCGUUUUGUUUUCUGCUCUCUCUCUCUCUCUCUCCCCUCUGUCACAUGUUAAUUUUUGUCGUCGGGAGAUCUUCAGAGCUGAAGAAGCGUAAGCUAUCUACUGGCUACACCCAGCCGGCGGAGGAGCCCGCCGGCCUUGAGGCUCUGGCCACCUUGGCGGUCCUGGGGAACGAAGCGACCCAGGCGGCGCUGUCGGUCGCCACCGCCACCACCAAGCACCCCCGCCACCGGCCGGGCUGCAGCUGCAUCGUCUGCAUCCAGCCGCCGAGCGGCAAGGGCCCCAAGCAUAAGCCCACCUGCACCUGCAAUGUCUGCAUGACCGUGAGGCGCCGGUUCAAGACCCUCAUGAUGCGGAAGAAGAAGCGCCAGUCCGAGCAGGAGGCCGGGGCCCACAAGAAGCUCCUCUCCGACAAGGAUGACGCAGAAUUGGGGAGCUCCUCAAAGGCCGGCGGGCUGCCCUCAGGCACAGAUCCGUUGGAGGCUUCAGAGUCUAGAUACAAUCCGGUUGCCGCCGAUAUGGGCACCGGCCAGAUCGAUCUGAAUUGCCGCCCAGAGAGGGGCGACGGCGGCGGCGACAGUGGAGGAGGCGGCAGAGCUGGGCAGACACACAUGAGCAUGAUGACCCUCCUUAAGGUGGCCAAUCUCCCCCUGGAGAUGUACCUGAAGCAGAACGGCCUCACCAGCCUCGUCAGCGAGCAGCCAGCGAGCUCAAGCUCUCACGCCGCAGUGCCAUGGGCAGUGGCAGAGAGCGAGGAGGGGACGGCGGAGGGCGGCCACCAGGCUACCACCACCGGGGAGGACUGCACCAUGGCCGACGAAGGGGACUCUGCCUUGGGGCCCCUCGCCUGA